AUGAGCUUCAGCUGGACAUUGGCGGAGGUUCUGGCAGGGGCAUCCACCAUGCGUCUCCCGGUCUUUGAUUCCUUUUCCUGGUACUUCAUUGCCUUGUAUGGCUGUCUUCUCUGGAACUCGCCAUUAAGGUUCGUGAAGGAUGCGUACAAGCGAGUUGGCAUGAAAGAUCAAGCACUGGCCGCGCUGACACACAUCCUAAUUCGCUGUACGGAUUACCGCUACGAUGUGCUGGAGGUCUUCAGCGUGGGUGAGGUUUUCCUUGCGCAGCUCGGCAGAAGACCACAACACGAGCAAUCCAACAGCAGCGACGCAACGCAAUCGCAGAACGUGCGGCCGAGUUUCCUUGGCGAGCUUCUGAAUGGUCUUAACUUGGGAGCCUUCACGAUCUAUGUGGAGACCUUCCUAGCGGACUACGAUCUCCUAACCAAGGACCAACAGGUCCUGCACAUGGAGGUCGUGGAGCUGCAAAGCCAGACAUCCAACAGCUUCACCAUCUAUCUUCUGGUGGUCACGAACUUCAAGGUUUUCCUUCUGGAGCCAAGCCGUGAGAAGCCGGCCUAUGCUGCGGAGCUUGGCGAGCGCUGGGAUCCGAACUGGGAGACACUGUUCCCGCGGCAGCCCCUGGUCGUUUGGGAACGUGAGUACUCAAGCUUGGUGCGGAUCUGGCGCUGCUAUGGGUCGCAGAUUCUGGCGCUGGAGUGGCAAGGGAAGGGCAAGCGCCUGUACGAAACUGAUUCUCCUCGGAGCGCGAACGAGAUCCAGUACGAGGUCUACCUCUUCCACUUAGCAGACCGACGGGAUAUCAUGGCAGAUUGCCUCCGCGCUUAUGCAGCUUCGAAGGACGAGAAGGGCGAGGGCCCCCCAGUGCUAACCGAUCCAAGCUUCCGCAACCUGGUGAUCGCACAGACAAAGGAGGAGCAAGUCCUUGCGGCCACCGUCACCACCCUGGGCCCAGCACCGCGGGUUGGACUCUUUGCUGCUGAGCAAAAAGCUGAUCACCGCCCCCGGCUCUUCGUGCUGCUCGGUCUACCUAUGUCAGGAGUUUUCAUAUCACAUGUGAAUGACGUAUGCAACAAGCUGCCAGAGAUUCGGAGCCUGGAGUCGUUGCAGAAGCCAUUCUCCACACGGGAAGUCUGUGACACCUUGCAGCCCUACUUUCCUGCUUGGAGGUCCGCUCCUCAGCUGGCCACCGUGGUGCUUCGGCAGUUGGCGAGAAAGCAGGUGGCCGUGGCCUUGGCUGUGCUGCAGAGCAUGGCUUUGGAGCAAGUGGAAACAAACUCGAUCCAUUGGAAUGCCGUCAUUUUCGAAGUUACUAAAUCAAAAGAGUGGGAGCGCGGCUAUGGCCUGGUGAAGGAAAUGUGUGCUUCACGACUGAAUUGCGAAACCAGCAGUUACAAUUCCGUGCUCAGUGCGGCUGCACACGCAGAGCAGUGGUCCAUCGCCAUGUUCAUCUUAGACCAGCGCUUUGAGGUUCAGGUGUUGGCUGAUGCCAUCAGCUUUAAUGCGGUGGCGGAUUCCAUCGCAAAGGUGGGUACCUGGGGACAAGUGCUCGCCAUGCUUUCAGUAAUGCGCUUGCUGCAGGUACUGCCUGACUCGGUCACAUACAGUGCAGGUAUAUCUGCAAGCAGGUCACAGAAGCAGUGGCCUCUAAUGACUCACUUGCUGCAGGAGAUGAGUUUCUGCAAGGUUGAGGCUGAUAUGGCGAACAUUGGAUCGGCUGUUAGCACGUAUGGAGAAGCCUUCGAGUGGAGAUCAGCUGCACAGCUCCUCGGGCGUGCAGGUCUCGACAGCUUGCGGGUGAAUACAGUCAGCAUCAAUGCUGCCAUCUCCUCGAUCCGCUCAGGCGAGUGGCGGAAAGCUGCCUCCUACCUGGACAGCAUGCAGAGUUCCAAGAUGGAUACUGACGCUGUCAGCAUGUCUGCGGCAGUUGGCGCUUGCGGGAAGAGCUCUCUUUGGCAAGUGGCAGUGGCGCAUCUCGUCAAUUCCUCGCGGCGCAAGCAUCACUUGAAUGCCUUUGUUGGCAACGCCGUGCUGUCGGCUUGUUCUUCUGCUACUCAAUGGCAGAUAGGCUUGCAAAUCCUGUUGUUGCUGCCUAAGUUUCACAUAGCAGCAGAUGCAGUGACACUCAACACUUCUUUGUCCAUGCUUCAUCAAACCAACUCCUGGCAAUCAGUGGUGGGAAUUCUGGCUCUAAUGGUGGAUGUGCACCUGCAGCCAACAAUCUCACACCUCAACAUGGUGAUGAGCUGUUUGGCGAAAGCGCAGCACUGGGUGCAGGCUGAGCACUUGCUCGGGCAGAUGCAGGAGACCAGCAUCGAAGUGAGCAUUCUCACAUACUCCAGUAUGAUCGAGGCUAGCGGCAGUGACUGGGUGCGGGCACUGAAGAGCUUCUACGAGAUGUUGCAACUCAACCUUGAGGUGGAUGCCUCCAUCUGCCUUGCGUUACUGUCGAGCAGCGCAGUUCGCAGCUGGCAACUAGGGGUUUGCUUGCUGGGACACCUCCGACAGCCGCAGGAUGUGACUGCCCACAAUGUAGCUGUGGGCGUGCUUGGGAGAGCCGACCACUGGCAACUUGGAACUCAGUGUGUUCAACAAUUGAGAUUCUUCGGACUUCGGGCCAACAUCAUCACUCGAACCUCUCUUCUGGGCAUGGUGCAGCCCGCCCGAUGGCCUGCAGCGCAAGACCUGUUGCUCUCGCUGCGCCCAAGCUCUCUUCCCCCGAACGAAUUCAGCCGCAGCGCUGCCAUCACGUCCUUGGGCCCGGGACGUCAGUGGCGCUCCGUUGCCGCCCUCUUCAGCCAGAUGGCUAGGGACAGUCUGGAGAUCAAUCAG